CACAAACAGCAAGCGAUUUCUCUGCGAAACCUAGCAAAUCGUCCUUGUAUAUUGUCUCUCUUGUUGUUCCCAUUUUGAGUCCUUUUAACACAUAUACAAUGUCGCUCAUUCCAAGUAGCUUCUUCAGCGGCCCAAGAACAAGCACCUUCGACCCAUUCUCGCUCGACCUCUGGGACCCUUUCCAUGACUUCCCUAUUACCACCUCUGCACUCUCCACCCCUCUCUCCAACCUCGUAAACGAGACAGCCCAGUUCGCGAACACCCAAAUCGAUUGGAGAGAGACUCCUGAAGCUCACUUCUUCAAGGCCGACCUCCCGGGUCUGAGGAAAGAAGAAGUGAAGGUCGAGGUUGAAGAAGGGAGGAUUCUGCAGAUUAGCGGGCAGAGGAGUAGAGAAGAAGAGCAAAAGGGUGAGAAAUGGCACCGCUUGGAGCGGAGCAGCGGCCAGUUCCUCCGCCGGUUCCGGCUGCCGGAGAAUGCCAAAGUGGAUGAAGUGAAAGCUAGCAUGGAGAAUGGAGUGCUGACUGUGACUGUCCCGAAGGUGCAGGUGAAGAAGCCUGAUGUCAAGGCCGUUGAGAUUUCUGGUUAAGACUGUCGUUUGUUACUGUUGUCAUCUAUGUAUUAGUCCGAAUAUUCCAAUAGUAAGUAAUUAGAUAAGGUUACUAAUGUGUCCUUUUAUUUUUUAUUUUUUUGAUCAAAUGUGUGUCCUUUUAUUAAUGUAUCCUUAUUAAUGUUAUGAAUGGAAAGUUUAAAAGUUAAUAUUAUAUGAA